GAGGCCGGCGUGAAGGGGAAGUGAGUCAGUGUUUGUGGACCCGGCCGGCUCAGGCCCGCGCCAGCCGAGGCCCCGAGAGGCCCCGGCCCGGCGGCGGCGUCAGCCAUGGCCGGGGGGCCGGGUCCUGGGGAGCCUGUGGUUCCCGGCGCCCAGCACUUCUUGUACGAGGUGCCACCCUGGGUUAUGUGCCGCUUCUACAAAGUGAUGGACGCCCUGGAGCCCGCCGACUGGUGCCAGUUCGCGGCCUUGAUUGUGCGCGACCAGACAGAGCUGCGGCUGUGUGAGCGCGCCGAGCAGCGCACAGCCAGCGUCCUGUGGCCCUGGAUCAACCGCAACGCGCGCGUGGCUGACCUCGUUCACAUCCUCACGCACCUGCAGCUGCUGCGUGCGCGGGACAUCAUCACAGCCUGGCACCCUCCUGCCCCUGUUCUGCCCCCAAGCACUGCUGCUCCAAGGCCCAGCAGCAUCUCUGCGGGCUCCCAAGCUGAAGACUGGAGCCCCCGGAAACUGCAGUCCUCUGCCUCCACCUUCCUCUCCCCAGCUUUUCCAGGCUCCCAGACCUAUUCUGAACCAGAGCUCCUCCAGGUUCCAAUCCCUGCUUCCCUCAGGCCACCACUGCCAUCUUCAGCCCCUUCCUGUAGUAAGCCAAGCCCAGAGACCCCAAUGUCUGACCUCCAAAGGACACAUCCCUCCCCAUUUUGCUGGCCCUUCUGUGAGAUUUCCCAAGGCACCUGCAACUUCUCUGAAGAGCUCAGGAUUGGAGAGGGUGGUUUUGGGUGUGUGUACCGGGCAGUAAUGAGAAAUACCACAUAUGCUGUGAAGAGACUGAAGGAGGAGGCUGACCUAGAGUGGACUGUGGUGAAACAGAGCUUCUUAACAGAGGUGGAGCAGCUGUCAAGGUUUCGUCACCCAAAUAUCGUAGACUUUGCUGGCUACUGUGCAGAAAGUGGUUUCUACUGCCUUGUUUAUGGCUUCCUGCCCAAUGGCUCCUUGGAGGAUCGACUCCAUCUUCAGACCCAGGCCUGCUCCCCCCUCUCCUGGCCUCAACGACUGGAUAUUCUUCUGGGCACAGCCCGAGCUAUUCAGUUUUUACAUCAGGACAGCCCUAGCCUCAUCCAUGGAGACAUCAAGAGUUCUAAUGUGCUUCUGGAUGAGAGACUGAUGCCCAAGCUUGGAGACUUUGGCCUGGCUCGUUUCAGCCGCUUUGCAGGGGCCAACCCAAACCAGAGUAGUACUGUAGCCCGGACUUGCACAGUACGGGGUACCCUUGCCUACCUACCUGAGGAGUAUAUCAAGACAGGCCGGCUGGCUGUGGACACUGAUACCUUCAGCUUUGGAGUGGUAAUACUGGAGACCCUUGCUGGUCAGAGGGCUGUGAGGACACAAGGUACCAGGACCAAGUAUCUGAAAGACCUCAUUGAAGAUGAGGCUGAAGAGGCUGGAGUGGCCCUGAAAAACACCCAGCCCAAUCCGCAGGUGGGUGUGGCCACGGAUGUGUGGGCUGCUCCAAUCGCCGCCCAGAUCUAUAAGAAGCACCUGGACUCCAGACCUGGACCCUGCCCACCACAGUUGGGCCUGGCCCUGGCUCAACUAGCUUGUUGCUGCAUGCACCGUCGGGCCAAGAAGAGGCCACCCAUGACCCAGAGGCAAAACUCUCAGCAUACAUUCCUUGCUUGCCCUUUUGGCUCUUCUUUGGGGCGGUACUCUGUGGAACUAAGCGGUGAAGGGCUGCAGCUUCGCUGGGUGGGGCUCAGAUCCCAGUCAAAGGUGUACAAGAGGCUAGAGGGGCUGCAGGCAGGGCCUCCUUGGGAGCUAGAGGUUGCCGGCCAUGGCCCACCUUCCCCACAAGAGAACUCCUACAUGUCCACCAUUGGCUGUGUCCAGAGUGGGGGUGAACCAUGGCAGCCUCUGGUAGUGCCCAAAAGAGCCCAUGUCCAGGCUGCCCAACAACUCCAGAAAAGCCCCAACCAGCCAGUGGAGAGUGAUGAGAGUGUUCCUGGCCUCUCUGCUGCCCUGCACUCCUGGCACUUGACUCCAGGUUGCCACCCAAGCCCAGCAUCCUUCAGAGAGGCUAGCUGUACCCAGGGGAGCACCACCAGAGAAUCAAGUUUGAGGAGUGGCCCAGGCUUCCAGCCCACAACCAUGGAAGGCUCAUCCAUGGGCAGCUCCUCCUCCUCAUCAGAACCACCACAGAUCAUCAUCAACCCAGCCCGACAGAAGAUGGUACAGAAGCUGGCCCUGUAUGAGGAGGGGGUCUUGGAUAGCCUGCAGCUGCUGUCAUCAGGCUCUUUCCCAGGCUUGGAUUUAGAACCUAAAAACAGGCAGGGGCCUGAAGAAAGUGACGAAUUUCAGAGCUGAUUUGCCUGUUCACCCAGGCAAGUCCUUCAGACUCAGAUGUCAAAGUUCUCAUGGUUGGAAGUUCUCAUGAUGUGCAACCUCCUCAGUAGCCCAAAGGCAUCAGGUGUGGGACCUACCCUGGCGAAGGAGAAAGUGCUGGACCUGCUGUUCUCAGGGUGCAAGCACAGGCAGGGCCAACUGAAGAGCCUGCAAGAAACUGAUAGGGCAGGCCAGCAUUUGGGAGCAAGGCCAGCAGAGCACCUAAGGGAUGGGGUAGCACAUGACAAAAGACUGCUAGCUACGUGGGACCCAUGGAGGCAAGUGAGGCUGUUUGUAUGGUGGGAGCUGGCUCCCUUGAGAGCUAGACAAGGUAUCUGCAGCCCAGGCUUGCAAUAACUGUUCGUCCAUCCCUCUGAACUUUCCUAGACCCCCAAGAGAAAGUAGCUAUUGUGCUUGUAAAUUGCAAAACUGAGUGUCUUUCAGUUCAGUCCACUAGCUGGAAGUGAGAACUCUGAGGUUUCCCUAAGAGUCCAAUAGAAUCCCCCUCCACAUCUUGGGUGGGUAUGUGCUCGCUUUGCCAGACACCUGUGAGCUGGUUUCAUGUGACUGCCUACUAGGCAGGUUGUCUCUAGACCCUGGAGGUGAGCUGUGGAUGACCCAAGUUGAGCUGUAAAACAAGGUACUGGUUAUGGCAGAAAGGUCUAGCAAAGCCAAGCUUUGUGGUACCCAGACAGUGAGGAGCCCAUAAAGCAGAAACUGAGAGCAAAAAAAAAAAAAAAAAAAAAAAAAGUAUUUGAGGAGGGAGGAAGGCUCCAUUUUAAGAAGCAAGUUUUUGUGUAACCAAGUGUCUUCAAAAGUAACCCAGGGUUAUAGCCCAGGCUUACAGUGAUUCUGUGUUGAGUCACGAGUCACACUACAUGCCCCGUGAAGCACUGGUAACAUCCAGUUUGUCCUAGAGUAAUAAAAGUGCAUUUUAUGUCUGAUUAAGCUUGUUGAUUAAGAAUUUGUUGCACUAAAAGCUUUGUGCUUUUCUAAUACUUUACAUCCUGAUUCUUGGGUAUCCAGUCAAACUUCAGGCCCCUACUGUUAGCAUUUAGGCAUCUGUCCUGGCCUGUCCUGACAUGAGACAUCCUCAGCUGCAGCCACUAAGAGCACCUCCUAUGCACAUUUGCUACAUCCCCCUUAUAAAAGGUGGGCCUUGCCCAUCUCCCCUCUCUUUCUUUCUCUUCCUCUUCCUCUCUUUUUUUCUUCCAUGAAUCUUGUCCCCAGGGACCACUUUCUGCCCCUUCUCUGCCCCCUUCUUUCUCCUCUUGCAAUAAACCUUCCAUGUGAACCCUGUUGCAUGGUAUGAUUUCUCUUCAUGGCAUUUUUAAAUAAAUUACAAUACUUAGCCUCUUUUUAUUCUCUUGCCAUGCCCAGACUGGGGAUAAAUCCCCAGUUGUGCUACCCUUGCUUUCAUGUGCCAUUAAGUUUUUCUUAUAGAUCCCAUGGGUAUUAAUGCUAUUCGAAAUGAAACUUUCAUGUCCUAAUUAUUCAUCAAUCAUAUAUAGAAAUAUAAUUAAGUUUUACCUCUGAUCUUUAUUCUGUGACCUUACUUAAAUGCACUUACUAGUUCCACUUGUUUUGGGAUGACUAUUCUGGGAUAGUGUGUAUACAAUCUUCCCAUCUGAAAAUAAAGACAAUUUUACUUUU